AUGAGAAAACAUAUUCUACUUAGAUUCAAUAUACCAGUUUCUACAGGCCUCACUUGGUCUCUUUUGAUUGAAAAAGUUUGUGAAAUUUGCGGUGGCAAGAAUCCUCGUUCUGAAUUUUUACUUGUAACUUGUUCUGUAUGCAACACAACUUGUGAACAUGUUUAUUGCAUGGGAAGAAAAGUAAAGCAUGAGGUCCCUCAAGAUUGGGUUUGCGAAUCAUGCCUAACUGGCAGUGACUCGAUUUCGAUGGAAUCUGAGGAGAGAGUUGCCCUUGAAUCAUUCCAAGAAGAUGAAGCUGUCACAAGAGCAAUUAGAAAUGAGCAGUUCUCAGGGACCACAGUAGCAAGACUAUCCACCUUCAACGAAUCGAAAGAUAUGGCUCACGUUAUUGCUCGAUCUCACGGGGGUGAUGGUGGAGGAUGCGAUCCUCCACGUGGACCGUCAGAUAUCUCAACUGAUUGUUAA